UGGAGCUGUGUUGUAUUGUUGCGGAUGCCCCGCCUCUGAUGGAGCCUUAAACCUGGCACCCGGCUAAAACAAACCCAAGCCAGCACCGAGCUGCACUCAAUUCAAUUAGGCGGACUUGAGGCGCUCUCCUACGUCUUCAUCUAGCAGGAUCGACGUUGAGACAACAGGAACCAGAGGGGCUUUGGCCAAAAAAAAAAAAAAAAAAAAAAAAAGGGGAGAGAGAAGGAGAGAUUGCCUUGCCUUCUAAUUUCUCCCUCUCCAGCCACAGAACAAUGUCGAUGAGCCCUAAGCAUACGACUCCUUUUUCUGUUUCCGACAUCUUGAGUCCCCUUGAGGAGAGCUAUAAGAAAGUAAGUAUGGAGAGCAACAACUUGGGGGCACCUCUCGCUUCUUACCGGCAGCCGCAGGUCUCUCAGGCGGCCAUGCAGCAGCACCACAUGGGUCACAACGGGACCGUGUCUGCGGCGUACCACAUGACGGCGGCAGGUGUUUCUCAGCUCUCACACUCUGCCAUGGGGGGCUACUGCAACGGCAACCUGGGCAACAUGGGGGACCUGCCGUCCUACCAGGACGGCAUGCGGGGCAGCGCCACGGCCACCGGCUGGUACGGAGCCAACCCAGACCCGCGGUUUUCCACCAUCUCUCGCUUCAUGGGCUCCUCGUCGGGCAUGAACAUGGGCAGCAUGGGCAGCCUCAGCUCCCUGGCAGAUGUGGGGAAAGGCAUGGGGUCCCUGUCCAGCACCCCGAGGAGGAAACGGCGCGUGCUCUUCUCCCAGGCGCAGGUCUACGAGCUGGAGCGGCGCUUCAAGCAGCAGAAGUACCUGUCGGCGCCGGAGAGGGAGCACCUGGCGAGCAUGAUCCACCUCACGCCGACCCAGGUCAAGAUCUGGUUCCAGAACCACCGCUACAAGAUGAAGAGGCAGGCCAAGGACAAGGUGUCCCAGCAGCAGAUGCAGCAGGACAGCGGCUCGUGCCAGCAGCAGCAGCAGCAGCAGCAGCAGCAGCAGCAGCAGCAGCAGUCCCCACGGAGGGUGGCGGUGCCGGUGCUGGUGAAGGACGGCAAGCCGUGCCAGGGCAGCGGGCACACGCCCACCUCCUCCGCGCAGACACACCACCAGCAGGGGGGCAACGUCAUGAUCAUGUCCAACAACACGUCCGGCCUCGCGCAGCACCAGGGCCAGCAGGUGGGGGGUCACUCCCCGGACUUGGCUCAGCACUCCUCCAGUCCUCCGUCCCUGCAGAGCCAGGUGGGCGGCCUGUCCCACCUGAACCCCCCCGGGGCGGAGUACGGCUCGGCCCUGCAGUGCUCGGCCCUGCUGUACGGCAGGACGUGGUGA